AUGAUUACAUUUUCUCUUUCACAGUAUAAAAGAGGAGUGAAAUCUGUUUGCUUUUUGCUGUUAGCACUUCUUUGGGACAGUGGUUACGUCUUAACUACGGAGAGAGGCGAUACUGCAGCCCAUGUGAAUCUCACGGCGUCUCGUCGUUUAUGUAACGUGGAUGGCUUUAAUGAUUGGUUCAAAGUGGACAAGUACUGUGUUAAAUACUUUAAGAAACCUCUAAACUUCACUGACGCAGAGUACAGCUGUAGAAGAACAGUUCCUGAUGGACACCUGGUGUCAGUGCACAAUAUCAGAGCUAAUAAUAACUUGCUCUCCAUUGUGAAGAAGAUGAACCCAAAAAACUUGUGCGUUUGGCUCGGAGGAUAUGAAUUUUUGCGGUCUGGUAAAUUUCUUUGGACGGAUGGUUCCUUCUGGGACUAUAGUGUUUGGUUACCCGGUGAGCCCAGCAACAUCUAUACUAGCUUAGAAGAAUGCGUGGAGAUGAGCUGGAAAGUUGCUGGAAAAUGGAAUGAUGACUCUUGUAACUUUAAAAAAGGCUACAUAUGUGCCUUUAAACCCAACAUCAUGGAUGAGUAGACUGAGAUGAUUUAUGACCCC